AUGAGGUUUUGGGAUUUGAUUGAAUCUAAUGAUCAAGAAACAACUGAAAAUAGUAGUGUUUUUGAUGAAUUAUCAAGGACACAACGACUUUAUGCUUUUGCAAUUUGCGUAUUGUCAACAGUUAAAUUAACUUUUGGAAAUUUGAAAGGAUUCGCAAUUUUAUAUACUGUUGGUAACAUUCUAGCAUUUACAAGCACCGGAUUUAUUGUUGGAUUUAAAAAACAAUUCAAAACAAUGUUUGCCCCUGGUAAAAAAUGA